AUGGAGACUGCGGGUUUGGCUGUCAGCGUCGCAGUCUCGCAGGUGUCUGCACUGCUUGCGUCGACUUUUUCGAGUAUAUUCAGCUGGGUCGGAAAUCUGGGCAGGACUAUGGAAAGUGUCUGCUCAGGUCAGAUGCUGCAAAAGCACGCAUGGCUCGCUGGGGAGCGUCUAUGGGAAUCGGGACUGAGCUACAACAACAGAAUCAAAGACUACUUCGAAGAUGCCGAGCAUCUUUCGGAGAUAUUCAAAAAUCGCACCAUAGAGCUGGCAAAGCAGUCUGAAGACUUAUUGACUUAUGAUCCGCAGUCUGAUCUGGACCCUGAGCUCCAGCGACUGCAUCUCACAAUGCGCGAGCUUGCAAUCAAACGUCAACGUAGCACCAACCUACUCAAAAAAACAACUUGGGCACUAUACGAGAAGAAGAGAUUCGACACAUUGAUUGCGGAAGUCACUGGAUUUGUUGACAAACUAGUGGAUUUAUUCCCAUCCAUUCAAGACAGUCAAAAAACUCUAUGCAGGACAGAGGUUUCAGCAGUCGGGGACACUGGUGAUCUGGCGCUGUUGAAAGAUAUUGCCAGCAGCGAUGAUCCAUACCUGGAAGCAGCGGUAGUCAAGGAGAUGGAGAGCCGUGGUCAUGUGUUCACGGAUUGGAAAGCCGACGGCAAAUCGAAGAUGUGGGCGGGAGAUGAAAACGCCUUCGGGGAAACGUGA